AUGGACAAAGACAGCCAUAAAGAAAAUGGAGGGGACACUGGGCUAUCAACUUCCUCAGAACUCCCACAAGACCUUGAAGCACAAUCACUUGCCAAAUUCGACGAUCAAGUGGCCAAAGGACACCUGAUCUAUGAGCCUUCGACGGCCGAGACCGUGGAAGACCAGGGGUUCAAACUCAGUUUUCGAUUUGUGCCACACCUGCGCCGCAAGCCGAUCACGCCAUCAGAUGCGCCUGAACGCAAGACAGGAAAGGGCCACAAUCCCUUUCUCAAUCCCAAGCCGGAAGAGAUCCUUUCUGAGGUCGGGCCAUCGCAUCUUCUGAUCUUGAACAAAUUCAGUGUUUACAGACCGAGUCUGCUGGUCAUUACGAGGCAUUUUGCCCCUCAGUCCGAUGACCUUGAUUUCAGCGACUUGUCGGCCGCCUGGGCAAUCUUGCAACACUUCAAGCAGCGGUAUAUGAUGAUAUACAACUGUGGCUUCGAGUCUGGGUCUAGUCAGGGGCAUAAGCAUCUACAAUUUUGGCCGUAUCCCGAUGAGCAAGAGUUGGGCUUCCAGCUCUUUCCAAACGUGGCUGAGUCGACAGUUAACAUCACGGAUGAUAUCCCUACCGUGCCUCACAGACACUUUGUUCUUCGGUUGCCAACGCACUGUGAUGCAAAUACCCUUGUCCAAGCCUACGGAAAACUUGUCGCAAGAGUUCGUCACAGCCACGCAGAAGCCGGUGGGGGCACCGAUUACAAUGUGAUCCUGGUGAGAGAGUGGAUGUGCCUGAUUCCUCGUCGGCACAGUGGCCUUGAGAGAGGAGCGGGUGCGAACUCUGCGGCGAUGCUGGGACUUGUGUGGGUGGCCAUUGAAGCUGAAAAGGACAUCUGGAAGACUCCUGGGCCAGCGGACUAUCUCAGAUACCUGGGUAUCCCGAGAUAG